AUGGGGUCUCCGUUUCGAAGCACCCGUCAUGACACCUUCAACCUUGACUCUUCUCCAGGGCUCCCAUCCCUAGACCAGCUCAAGUCUCAGUUCUCCAAGAGCCCCCAAAGUCGAAGCGGAUAUGAAGCUAUGCCAGUGCCCGACCAAACGAGCCGCCACUUCACCAGCGCCUCAGGCUUUCUCCCCCAGGAACAAUCUGCGAUCGACCUUACGACGCCCUGUAGGGAAGCUGUUGAUCCUUCAGCAAUACCAAAUGACGAGGAUGUAACGGUUAUAUCGAUUGCGACCCUGACUUCGAAGCCGAAACGAAAAAGAGGCGCCAAAGUCCUAGAGAAGAAGGCGAACGAACCGCCAGCAAACCCUACCAUAGACGUCGAAACCAGCCCGCCACGGAGGAAGUACGCAAAGGCUAAAGCCACAACUGAUAAACCGGAGAAGAAGCCAAAAACAACAAGAGCCAAGGCUCCGACCAAGAAGGGCGCCGUCAAGAGUCAUCACUUUUCAAACCCCAUGGCCGGGGAAGAACCAGAAGCCCAGCCGCCAGCACUACCCAAGAAUGAUGCGGAUGAGCCAUUGGAAUUGGAAGCGGCUUCGAGACGUCGCAAAGAAUGGACACCGCCGCCGGCUGAUAGCGCACUGAUUAGGGGAUCCGAGUCUUCGCAGGCCAUUGAGCUGAUGUCCUCGGCUGCAAGAAGCCCAAGUCGUGCAGCAUCGAAGGAGACAUUCGACAAUCUCCUCAAGAGAUACGGCCGGCUGGAUGAGGACGUACCACAGAGGCCAUCUGCUGAACCGUCAGAUGGGGAUAACCCGGCGUUCAAAAAGAGGAAGCUGAUUGAGCUGGUAUCCGUCAGCGAUUCGUCCAAGAUGGCGCCGCCAGCAAAGGGCACUGCGAAGACAAAAGCGCCAAGGAAGAAGCCACGCACAAUUACCGAGCUGGCCACAGCAGCCUACCUGGUCCCAGAUGCCACCGAACAGGAAAUUGCCCCGGCGCCUACAGAGGAAAUGCCCGUGGACGAGGACGAGGCAGCGCAGCCCAAAGGGAAGAAACGGGCACCACGGGCGAAGAAGCCGAAGAAGGUCCCUCCGCCAGAACCCGUCCUACUGUCUCCGACCGCGGCGUUGCGGCAAGCCGCAAACCAGGACUACGUCUUCGGGACCUCGAGCCAAUUGGCACGAGAGCACUCGCCGACAUUCCUCAGAGAUCUCCAGACCGCGUUGCAGGCGUCGAACUCGCUGAGAAAGGACCCGUUCGUGACACCGAUCAACAGCGACUCCAUCGAACCCGAAUCCAAGCAGAAGCUCUGGGAUGUUGGUGCAAGGGACGAAGAUGGAAGGCUGCUAGACCUGGAAGUCAUCAAUCUCGUCGAUACUCCCCAGGCACUCCCAGGCGUAGCAGCCGGACUCAACCCCUUUGGAUACGCAGGCGUCGAAGAACAAACAGCAUCGCUGCCGGCUCACAUCCCGUCAGAUGCGUCUUUUCCCGACAUAGACGACCUCUUGAGCAAGGCUCCUGCCGGCAGCGCUCCCAUCGAGCAGAGACAGGCGGCGCCAUUGCCAGUCCACAUACCCUCUGAUGUCUCGUUCCCGGACAUUGACGAGCUCCUGGGCAAUGAGACAGGUGGUGACAUGCCCAGGACGCAGAAAGAGGCGGCGCCUUUUAUCUCAACUGGUUGGCCAACGGAAGGCGAACCGGAAGGCGCCCCAACGGUGUUGAUUUCGUCUGGCUCUGUGCCGCCUACGAAAGCAGUUCCUGGCCUGCCGCCUGCUCAACUGUCAUCGGUAUCAGAAGCCGAAGCAGAAGCACCCGAGCUGACGGCAGUACCGAAACCUGUACCUGAGAUUCCGAAACCAAAGUUCGACCUUUACACCGACAACCAGCUUGCCAGGGAGAUUGCAUCUUAUGGAUUCAAGCCGGUCAAGCGACGGCAGGCUAUGCUCGCCCUCCUGGAUCAGUGCUGGACGAGUAAGCAGAGGACGGCCCUCGCUUCGCUUCCCACGAACCACCCGAUCUCGACGACCUCCCAGGCGCAAGCCGCUGCUCUGAAGUCGUCGAGGCCUGUGGUAAACACAUCGCCUAAACGGCCACGAGGCCGUCCUAGGAAAACCAGCGAGGUCGAGAUGCCGUCCAGCGAGCCGCCACCGUCAGCUCAACCUCCCCCGCCGUCGCCCAAGCGGGGUCGCGGGCGUCCCAAGAAGAACACAGCGCCAGUGAAGGCCACGGGUUCGACGUCGACGGCCAAGAAGGGCAAGGCUAAAGCAAGCACUUCGGCACCAGAGGAUCUCGAAGCGGCUUCGCCGGCAUCGUCGUCACGCGUAAAAAGGGCCAAUGCAUCGGUUGUCAUUGAGAUCCCAGACUCGGCAUCGGAUGGCUCGCUUUCACCGUCGCCAUCGGCAGGGUCGUCGCCCGAGCCCAUGUUUUCGCCGCCUCCCGAGGAGGUAUCGGUGUCCAUCAGCGACGACACGGAAAUGUCAAUGGCUGCAUCGCCGCCAACCAGCCAGUCAGCGGUCCUGUUUACGCGAAUCACUGAGGCGGUGAUGUCGGCGCCGCCGACGACGGACCCGAAGAAACCGUCUUUCCACGAGAUGAUGUUGAUGUAUGAUCCGAUCGUGCUCGAGGACCUCACGGCCUGGUUGAACACGGGUCAGCUUUCCAGGGUUGGUUACGACGGCGAGGUGUCGCCGAGCGAAGUGAAGCAAUGGUGCGAGUCCAAGAGCGUGUGCUGCCUAUGGCGCGAGAGUCUGAGGGGAAAGGAGCGGAAGAGAUAUUGA